AUGCCUCGUUCAAAGCGUGCGCGCGUCGUUCACGAGUCCAAGACUGCCAAGAAAGAUCACAAGGAGCAGACCCGCCGUCUGUACGCCAACAUCCGGGAAUGCAUCGAAGAUUAUGACCAUCUUUUCGUCUUUGCGGUCGACAAUAUGCGGAACACCUAUCUGAAGGAUGUGCGCACUGAGUUCGGUGACAGCCGUGUCUUCUUCGGAAAGACCAAGGUCAUGGCUAAGGCCCUCGGCCAGAACGCCGAGAGCGAAGCCGCUCCCAACGUUCACAAGCUCACUCCUUACCUCACCGGCGCCGUCGGACUUCUGUUCACCUCGCGCACCCCGGAAUCAGUGAUUGGCUACUUUGAAAGUUUCCGCCCCCAGGACUUCGCCCGCGCUGGAACCGAAGCCACCCGCUCUUUCACCAUUCCCAACGGCCUGGUCACCGCACGUGCUGGCGAGAUCCCCGCUGAGGAUGACGAACCCAUUAGCCACACCAUUGAGCCCGCGCUCCGCAAGCUUGGUGUACCCACCCGUCUCAUCAAGGGCAAGGUUACCCUCGAGCUGACCGAGGGCCAGGAGGGUUACCCCGUUUGCCGUAAGGGCGAGACAUUGGACUCACGACAGACGACACUGAUGAAGAUGUUCGGUGUUACUUCUUCCGAGUUCAAGGUUGACCUCAAGGCUUACUGGACCCGGAGCAGUGAGGAGGUUAAGAUUCUGGAGAGCCAGGGUGACAUGGAGGUUGAUGCAUAG